CACACACACACACACACACACACACACACACACACACACACACACACACACACUGAACCGAACACUUGUCCCAGACGUUCUCUCCUAAACGCUGAACAUUUGGAACAUUUUAUGGAUUAAACUCUGAACAUGAAGCUCAAGGGGACACUGGACUAUUACAGACCUGCAGGAAACCCCGCUGUAAAAUGGACGAUAGCUUCGAUUGCGACUGUGGCGAGCUGGAGCCACCCGAUCACUGAGGGAGAGCGAUAGUGCUAAACCCAAGCCCAGACCUCAUCCACGUUUCUCGCUCCUCUCCCUGCUCCUCUCCCCGCUCCUCACCCCGCUCCUCUCCCUGCUCCUCACCAGACCAGACGGCUCCGGGUUCUUCAGGUCAGGAUCGCCAUGCUGCUGCCGCUCAGGACCAGUCGUACACUGAACACACCAGUGCUGUGAGGAUGCUGCUGCUGCUACUACUGGCUUUCAUACGUGCAUUUCAUCACCGAUCUCCCCUCAUUCCUCCAUUUCAUCACACACUCUGAGGAUCCAACCAGGAACGCUGGAGGAGGUGGUGGUGGUUUUUUAGUUUUGUUAAGUUUUUUUUUUUUAAGCUGUGAGGAGUUCUGUUUGUUUGGGUUCCUCCUGAAGACCUAAAGUGGAACAUCUGGACUGAAGGUGUAAUAUCUGGGUCCCUCUGACUAAAUGGCGGAGAAAUUCGAGAGCCUGAUGAACAUCCACGGGUUCGACCUGGGCCCCCGGUACACGGACCUGAAGCCGCUCGGGUACGGGGGGAACGGCCUGGUGUUCUCAGCAGUGGACCAGGACUGCGACAAGCGCGUGGCCGUGAAGAAGAUCGUCCUAACAGACGCGCAGAGCGUGAAGCAUGCGCUCAGAGAGAUCAAGAUCAUCCGGCGUCUAGACCAUGACAACAUCGUGCGCGUGUUCGAGACGCUGGGGCCGAGCGGGCGGCAUCUGAGCGAGGACGCCGGCUCUCUGACCGAGGUCAACUCCGUCUACAUCGUGCAGGAGUACGUGGAGACCGACCUCUGCACCGUGCUGGACCAGGGCCCGCUCUCCGAGGAACACGCUCGCCUGUUCGUCUACCAGCUGCUGCGCGGCCUCAAGUACAUCCACUCGGCUAACGUCCUGCACAGAGACCUCAAACCUGCCAACCUGUUCGUCAACACCGAGGACCUGGUGCUGAAGAUCGGAGACUUCGGGCUGGCACGCAUCAUGGACCCUCACUACUCUCACAAGGGAUACCUAUCAGAAGGCCUGGUCACUAAAUGGUACCGUUCCCCUCGUCUCCUCCUCUCCCCCAAUAACUACACUAAAGCCAUCGACAUGUGGGCAGCCGGCUGCAUCUUCGCCGAGAUGCUGACGGGAAAAACACUCUUCGCAGGUGCUCAUGAGUUGGAGCAGAUGCAGCUGAUCCUGGAGUCGAUUCCUGUGAUCCACGAAGAGGACAGACAGGAGCUAGAGAGCGUCAUCCCCGUGUUUAUUAAAAACGACAUGUCCGUGCCACACACUCCGCUCGCCAAACUGCUGCCGGGGGUCAGCGCCGAGGCUCUGGACUUCCUGGAGAAGAUCUUGACCUUCAACCCCAUGGACCGUCUGACGGCAGAGGAGGCACUGGCCCAUCCCUACAUGAGCGUGUACUCGUUCCCUCUGGACGAGCCGGUGUCCUCUCACCCCUUCCACAUCGAGGACGAGGUGGACGACAUUCUGCUCAUGGACGAGAGCCACAGCCACACCUACAACUGGGACAGGUACCAUGAGAGUCAGAUGUCGGAGCCGGAGUGGCCCCUGCAGAGCGUGGGCGAGGUGGAGAAGGUGCAGCGCGACCCCCGGGCCGUGUCCGACAUGACGGACGACGAGGAGGCGCAGCUGGACCCUCGCAAGUACGCAGACGCGGAGAGCGAGAAGUUCCUGGACGAGCAGCCGUUCGACCUGGCGCGAGACACCGGCAUCCACCACGAGAACAAGUACUGCGAGCUGGAGUGCGGCCACACCUGCAACUACAAGGCCGCCUCCCAGUCCUACCUGGAUAACCUGAUCUGGAGGGAGAGCGAGGUGAACCACUACUACGAGCCCAAGCUGAUCAUCGACCUCUCCAACUGGAAGGAGCAGCAGAGCAAAGAGCGAGCCGACCGCAAGAGCAAGAGCAAGUGCGAGAAGAACGGCCUGGUGAAGGCUCAGCUGGACAAGGAGAAGCACCAGCAGCAGCACCAGCAGCAGCAGCAGCACCAGGGCUUCGACUUCGACUCUUUCAUCGCUGGAACCAUCCGCCUGAGCCUGCAGCCCGAGAGCAGAGACAUCGGCCUCCUCAACGAGCUCAACGAGCUCAACAGCUCCGUCUCAGCUCAGCUCAGCAAGUCCACCAGCCAGGAGAAGGACGAGAAGUGUCAGGUGAACAUGGCUCAGCAGUGUCCGUGGGAGAGCAGUGGGAACGAGAGCUGCCUGAUAGACGAGGCGUGCUGGGACGAGCAGAAGGAUGGAGGAGGAUACGGAGGAGGAUACACCAGCUACCUGGAUCGUCUCUUCAGCAAAAAGGAGGACGAGAACCCGUCCGUCUGCUCUCCAGACGUCUCCCCGGACCCCGAGGUCCCUCUGCGGGACGAGACCACGCCCCGGCUCAACGGCGAGAUCGUCCUCGAGACUCUCGGCUUCGACGGCAAAAAAUCUCUGCAGGCUCACGUCAGGUGUUCUCCUCAGAUCGCCCACAAGACCUACAGCAGCAUCCUCAAGCACCUGAAUUAAAGCUCCGCCCCGGAGAACCGUCAGCGUCCAUCGCAGCAUCCGGGACACGGCAUACUGUCAGCAUCCGGGGGGGCGGGGCUUAUGCUCACGAGCCAA